GGCCAAUCUUGCGCAGACUGCCUGCCCGCAGCCUCAGUGAUGCUGCUGCUGCUGCUGCUGCUGCUACUGCCGCUGCUACUGCUGCUGCCUGCAUGGGAGGGAGCCCGUGAUGUAAAUAUGAGGAUGGCGAGGGCAGCGGAUGGAACACGCCGCCUCAUACGUGCUUGACAUCGGCCAGUUUGUUCUCGUCGCACCUUGCGGACGCUGCUCGCGAUGCAUCCAUGCCUUUAGCUUGACGCAAAAAGACGCCAAAGCGAAACGCGGGAGGCAGGCUUCUCCCUGAAAAGCAGGACAACAACAACAACAACAAAAAGACUCGGGAUUCAAGCGGGUCAUUAUGACCUUAGUCGCCUCCAGUGCAAGGAAAGCAUCGGAUUGCGUUCAGGCGGCCGGGUUCUGCUUGCAUCUCUUGCUUUGGAUUGCGUGUGCAGUGUCCGGAGAGGAGCACCAGCACUUCAGCGUCGAGGGAUGGCUACAGAGGUACGGCUACCUUCCUCGGACGGAACCCAAAAUGUCCGUCCUGCGCUCGGCCCAAACCAUGCACUCGGCCAUCGCCGCCAUGCAGCGCGCCUACGGCCUCAAUGUCACCGGGACGCUGGAUGAGAGAACCAAGGAUGAUAUCACGCUGAGUUGGAUGCAGAAGCCCCGCUGCGGCGUUCCAGACACGCUGAAAAGCAGCUCCAGGUCAAGGAGGCGGAGAUACGCGCUGACAGGACAGAAGUGGCAACGUACGCACAUCACCUACAGCAUCAAAAAUGUCACGCCCAAGGUGGGCGCCCGCGAAACCCACGACGCAAUCCGCCGGGCCUUCGACGUGUGGCAGGGCGUGACACCGCUGCGCUUCGAGGCCGUUCCUUACAGCGCCCUGGAGACGGGCCGGCGCGACGUGGACAUCACCAUCAUCUUCGCCUCGGGUUUCCACGGCGACAGCUCACCCUUUGACGGGGAGGGCGGCUUCCUGGCCCACGCCUACUUUCCUGGUCCUGGCAUAGGUGGCGACACCCACUUUGACUCGGAUGAACCUUGGACCCUGGGGAACCCCAACCAUGACGGGAACGAUCUCUUUUUGGUGGCCGUUCACGAGCUGGGCCACGCCCUGGGCCUGGAACACUCCAAUGAUCCCACCGCCAUCAUGGCUCCUUUCUACCAGUACAUGGACACGGAGAACUUUAAACUACCUCACGACGACCUGCAGGGCAUCCAGAAAAUCUACGGUCCACCCGACAGAGCCCCACAGCCGACCAGGCCUCCGCCCACGGCGCCCCCUCCUCGCUUCCACCUUCCUUCGGACCCCCGCAAGCACGACCGCCACGCCAGGCCCCACCGCCCUCCGCAGGGCGCCAAGCCGGCCAACCCCAACUCCAAGCCCAGCAUCUGCGACGGCGGCUUCAACACGCUGGCCAUCUUGCGGCAGGAACUUUUUGUCUUCAAGGACCAGUGGUUUUGGAGGGUGCGAGACAACUCGGUGGUCCCUGGAUACCCCAUGCAGAUCAACUACUUCUGGAAAGGCUUGCCUGCCAAAAUUGACGCCGUCUAUGAAAACAGUGAAGGAAAAUUUGUAUUUUUCAAAGGUAACCGCUUCUGGGUGUUCAAGGACACGACUCUGCAGCCGUCUUACCCUCAGGACAUCUCGCUGUUUGGCAGCGGCAUGCCCACGCAGAGCAUCGAGACGGCCGUGUGGUGGGAGGACGUGGCCAAGACUUACUUCUUCAAAGGAGACAGAUACUGGCGGUACAAUGAAGACAUGAGGACCAUGGAUCCAGGUUAUCCCAAGCCCAUCACCAUCUGGAAGGGCAUCCCCGACUCUCCGCAGGGGGCUUUCGUGGACAAAACCAACGGCUUCACCUACUUUUACAAGGGGAAGGAGUACUGGAAGUUCAACAACCAGCUGCUCCGCGUGGAGCCGGGCUACCCGCGCUCCAUCCUGCGCGACUUCAUGGGCUGCGACGGCCUGCCCCCGGAUCCCGACUGGGACUGGAACCCGCCGGCGGUGGAGGAGCGCCACUACGACAGCGGCGGCGGCGGCGGCGACGCCGACGUGGUCAUCAAAUUGGACAGCGUGGGCGGCACGGAGAAGGCGGUGGCCAUCGCCAUCCCCUGCGUCCUGGCGCUAUGCAUGAUGGUCCUGCUCUACACCGUGUUCCAGUUCCGCAGGAAGAGCACGCAGCGCCACAUACUGUACUGCAAGCGCUCCAUGCAGGAGUGGGUGUGAGGAAGGCCCAAAGGCUGGGAUCCAAAAGUCCAUUGAAAAUUGCCAUGGCCUUUUGCCAUCGAUGGCCGGCAGAACUGAACUGAACGGAAGUGAACUGAAAAGGCGGUGAGGGAGCCAUAUCUCCUGUGUAUUUAUCCACUUGGACUCUUUUCUCGAACAAACUCAACAGAGCGAGUGUGACUCGAGCUCCUAGUGGAGCUUUUUUUUUCUUUUUUUCUCUUCGUCUUUCCCGUCUGCACACUUGCUUGAAGAAACCUCCCGAGCACCAAGCAAUUAGAUUGAAGCUUCGACUUGACUUUUGUUCUCAAUGACAUCACCCUGAGCGGUGGGUGCGGGUUUUUGUUUUUUUAUAUUUACAUUGUAUGACGGACUGACACACACUGAUUGUGUGGACCGAUUCUUCCAAAGAGGAUGUUGGCUCUAUUCUUUUCUUCCCUUUUUGGUGACAUAUUCUGAUUCGUUCUCAUCAUUUGUGGAGGUAGCAGACAGCAAUAAAGAGUGGUAAAAAUACAACGCAGGAGAAGUCGGCCAUUUGACUUUGGCCAAUUGCGACCGCAUUUCAAGUGGAAGCCAAGUCCAAGUGAUUCUUUUCGAUCAUACACCCUGACUCUGAUGAAUCUGAUCGAAUUCCGAUGAUUGGCUUUGCAGAAAAAUGGACCCAUUUUCAUCCAUCUUGAUCUCGAGUUUUCUGUCUGCUACACCUCCCAAUUUGAACGCAAUCUACGUGAAUUGAUGAAUUUGUUUUUGAGGAGAACCCGAAACCAUCUCCGUGUGUCGGCGUUAUCGCGGCGGCGGAGAAGUCCGUUCCGCACCUAAUCCCGAGCCCGAUGCUAACCCUUU